AUGAACUGCUCCGAGUCCCCAUCGAAUUCCCCGGUACCGGCGAUAGAAACGACUCCAACCGCGCUGAAGCUUUUACCUAAAAAUUUGCUUAUCAGUCCAUGGUCCGCAGAAACGUCUAGCCCGUCUAAAUCAACUCUGGAAACAAGCGACACGGAUUUAGUUUCCGGUCUACAGUUGACUACUCAAUCCGGCGUUACCAUAGUUAUUACCGAUCCAGUUGAAGCCGAGCACUUAAUUCUAAUCCCUCUGCGUACCCGUUUGCUUACCUUAACACGUGAAAUCAAUAUUAAUUCAAAAUCAAAAAAGAAUCUUGCGGAAGUAAAACAACUACGAAACAUGGUAUCUAUGGCAUUCGAAGAACACAUGAAAUGUUUUGGACACAUACCUGAUUCGGAAGCCAACCACAGUAAAUUCUAUGUGGACUAUUUAUGCGAAGGAACUGAGGACCCAGAAGAACGAAUUCAGUUGCUGAAUAUUUUAAAGAAGACACAAGAUCAAACUCAAGAUCAGAUAGGCUACCUUGGCACACAUAGUGAACAGAAUAUCUUGACACCCGUGAAUUUUAAAGUGUCCCCUUGGACGCCAAUUAACGGAAGUAUUAGACCGGUCCCGGUAAUUAGAUUAUGCAAAGAACACCAUCUUGCCUAUGACAGACAUGGUGAAAAGCCACUGAGUGCCUCCGAAAAGAACACUCUAUUUGGAAGCGAUAAAGGAACUACUCAACAAUCAACAUCCGUCAAUGUGCAGAAACCAAUGAAAUCACCAAUGAUGGAUGACUAUGUCCUCAAUAUCCGAUACAAAACGCAACCAUGUAGAAAUUUUGCCAAAUUUGGUGGUUUCUGUCCGGUCGGAAACAGCUGUCACUUUGCUCACGGUGCUGGAGAACUGCGCAAUCCUCAAGAUCAUCCAAAAUUCCGUACCAAGUUAUGCCGUCAUUUUGUGGAAAAAGGUACAUGCGCCUUUGGGGAUCAAUGCUUCUUUCUUCACACCGCAAUGUCCUACAGUUCUUCCGAGUCAAAUAAUUCACGGCUUCUUUCUAAACAACUGGGUUCGGAAACCAAAUAUGCAACAGUCUCACAUGGAAUUCCGUCCACCCUCGAGGACUAUGGGACCCACUCAGAUAAGAGAGAUGUGUGA